AUGACGCUGGGUCAAUCACCUCCGAAACUGAGUUCGCCUUCUGCCUUUGCCGGUGUCACCCUCGACAUUCGCUCACCGAGCCUCGGGUUCCCGGCGAGUACCCGCGACUGUAACAGACCACGGCAGCCAGGCCCAGUUCCCCCGCCCUCGACAUCUGCGGCCUUCAGCGCCUCGAGCAAUGCAUCAUGGGCGACCCGCCAGGGCGGAGUUGCGUUCAAAUCUCUGCCCAAGGGUUGCACUCUGGGGAAAAUGGUGGGUGAAGGUGCAGCAAAUGCUGUUUUCGAGUUUUGCCUGCCCGACGGAAGCUUCCUCACCCACGAGGGUAUACGCCUUCUAAUUCGGGUUGCGAAGGAAUUCGUUGAAGAUGAUCGACCAAAGUUUGAUUACAUCGAGCAGGCGCAGUAUUAUCGUGACCGUAUUCAGCCUAUCUUAGGGAACUACGUACUACACCAAGAGCUGGUGGAUCUGCAAAACUCAGACAUCAUUGAUAUUAUCAAUGCUCACCUGCGGCGCAUCGAUCAUACGCGCAAAGGCAAGUUCAGAGGUACAUUCGUCGGCCAAAGCGACUGGGGCUUCCUCGUGGAGGACAUGCGGCCAGACAGUACGGAUCAUCUUAUCGUCGAGUUCAAGCCCAAAUGGCUGUCUCAGUCGCCCAGCGCGCCAAAGGACGCCACACGCUGCCGACAAUGUGCCAAGGAACUCUGGGGCUAUGUCAUGGAAGCGGAUGUGGACAGACCCAUCCCAACCAUGUCCAAGCCAUGUCCGCUGGCUCUAGGGAGAGCAGAAGGCAACCAUGUUCGUGCAGAGAGCGCCCAUCGGCUACUGCGACUGCUAGGGGAGCUCGGUAACAGUGAGCAUCUCCACGCUGAGCUCAAUGUACUCCGUGACCAGCAGGCCUUCACACAGCUCAGGGACGCGCAAGAGAAACUGGACAGGGUCGGUCCCUUGGGCGCUGCCAGUAGCGACCAAGGUUUUGCGCUUGCCAUGACCCUCAGGGACUGCACCUGCUUCGCCCAGGUGACUCGAAGAGCGACCAACGGUCGGGGCACUGCUGGUCCUCUCAAGAUCAAGUUCGGGGACUUUGACAUGAAGAGUUCUGAGCAUAGGCUGAGCUAUUGGCGAAGCACAGAGCAGAAUCUCAUCAACGGUGGAUUCUACACUGCCGACUGGCUGUUAUGCGAGGGCUCAUUCUAUCGUCCGCCAACGAGCUGCGUACUCGAAUUGUCGCAGCCCAAGCGACAAGUGCCAGAGGUCAUCCACGUUCGGACCGCCGCGAGGAACGUGGCGCCGUACGUCGACAAGGAUGCACAUUGCUCGCCGGACGAAACCAAGAUAUAUACAGUCUACACCCGUGCAAAACAGGUGCACAUUGGGCUCGAAGCCCAUCGGAAGGAGGCUCCCAGACCGACUGAAGAGCAGUCAAAGCGAUUGAGUUUCCCUUUGAACACGAAAUGA